AUGCGUGAAACUGCAGCAGGGCCUCAUAGUUUUACUGGUGAAGAUUGUGUUGAAUUUUAAGUAUACAGAGGCCCCGCUGUGGUCUCAGCUUUACUUACAGCCUUGCAAAAAAUUCCAGGCUGCCGGUAGGCAGAACCUGGCGAAUUCACCAAAAGAGCUUCUAUGAAUAGAAAGAUGGACCUGACAGAGGUCGCGGUUUUAGGAGAUCUUAUACAUGCUGAUUCUGGGGCUCAGCGAAGACAAGCACUCCGACAGAUGGAGGGGGGACCUCGCCAGUUUCAAGCAAAGUUCACAGGAACACCCUUACAGAUUCCUUCAGAUUGUGCCGCAGACCUUGAAGCAUUUAUUGACUUCAGUGAGGAUCAGAAUAUAGAGGACCAUGUUCUACAGCAAGUAAAAGACAGGAUACAUUUGCUACAAGAUGAAAUAGAGAAUCACCUCAGUGACAAGAGACAAGGCGAGAGGUUGAGACAGGGUGUUCAUGUUGUCAUUAUUGGAGAACCUAAUGUUGGCAAGAGCAGUUUACUUAAUGCUAUAUGUAAGAGACCUGCAGCCACAGUAACUGAUGUGGCAGGUACCACUAGAGAUGUGGUAGAAACUCAUGUAAAUAUUGGAGGUUAUCCUGUGUUACUGAGUGACACUGCAGGACUGAGGGAAACACAAGAUGUUGUGGAGAAAGAGGGAGUAAACAAGGCUAUGAAAAGGUUGAAGCAUGUUUUUAUUUUGUUGUGCCCCCAUGAGUGAUGGGGGCUAGUAUAAAUUGAUGAAACCUUGCAUGAGUCUUUAUCAUGAUAUGAACUUGCGCACCUCCUAUUUUUCGUCUGGCUCCGCCCUCUAUUUUCAGAGUUAUGGCCCCUGAAAUAGUCAAAAAUGCACAUUUUUACCUUGUGACACGCCUAGCUCAAAAAGUAUUUGAUAUAGAUUCAUGAAACCUUGCAUGAGUCUUAAUCAUGAUAUGAACUUGCGCACCUCCUAUUUUUCAUCUGGCUCCGCCCCC